UUUUUUCGAGUUAUCGAGUAAUACACCACCGUAUCACACCAUUUCCACCAUUUCUGACUGGGUAGACUUAUCACGGGUUCAUUCUAACCCAUAACUCAGCCUGUCGAUACCCACUAAAGCGUCACGCAAUACUAUUUAUUUUGUCUAUCGUAGGCCGUAGCCUUCGAACAUCUCAAUUACCCAUUACCCGAGGCUCGUCACCGACGAGCAUCUCCCGAGCCAUCAUUUUAAACCGACAAGAUUCCUCCCACAACGAGAAAGCGGAAAGCCGCUGAGGCGAAGAUAGCUGCGGAUACUGGCGAGGCCGUUCCAAACAAGAGAGUCCUCGCCCCAGCAGCUGCUGAAGACAACGCGGCACCGCCCACCCCUAUCACCGGUAUGGAUUCCGACGAGGAUUUCGUGUCAACUGUCUCCAGUGGAGACGACAUGAUGCAGGAUGAGAGCGAUAAUGACGAUUUGUCCGGAGCCGAAGGUAAAGUAACUUUCAUUUUCAUUUCACACUUCCUCAUUUAUUCUUCUUCCCUCCGCUAGAGCUUGUUUCGGACCUGUCACCCCGUGCAGUUCAUAACUUGCUUACAAUGCGCAAAUCAAAUAGAUUUCGAUGUGUUCGAUGACGAACCCGACGAUAUACCCGGCAUUCCCUCGCAUAAGUCCGACAAGAAGAAAGGAGUGUCCUUCGACAUCAGUUACAAGGUAUACACGCCACACGACAUCCAGCACCAGCAAGAGGAAAUGGUAAACGAAGUAAACAUGAUUUUGGAGAUGAGCAAGGAGGAUGCCGCCAUCUUGCUGCGAUAUUUCCGAUGGAAUAAGGAACGGUUAAUCGAGGAUUAUAUGGACAACCCCUCCAAGGUUCUAGAAGCUGCAGGUCUGGCUUUUAGCUCUUCUAGUCCUCCUAAGCUUCAGGUUAUACCUGGGUUUGUGUGCGAUAUUUGUUGCGAAGAUGAGGAAGGGCUUCAGAGUUUUGCGAUGAAAUGCGGCCACCGAUACUGUGUUGAUUGCUACCGACAAUACCUAACACAGAAGAUCCGCGAGGAGGGUGAGGCAGCCCGGAUUCAGUGCCCGGCCGAGGGUUGUAACCGUAUUAUCGAUGCCCGAUCACUUGAUUUGCUCGUCACCUCCGACUUAUCUGACCGAUACCAAGAGCUACUCAACCGAACAUAUGUCGAAGAUAGGGAUAUCCUCAAGUGGUGCCCCGCGCCUGACUGUGAGAAUGCUGUUGAGUGUGCUAUCAAGAAGAAGGAUCUGGACAAGGUGGUACCCACUGUUGCGUGCGCCUGUGGUAAUAGGUUCUGCUUCGGUUGUAUCCUGAAUGACCAUCAACCGGCUCCUUGCGAGCUAGUCAAGAGGUGGCUAAAGAAAUGCGCCGAUGAUAGCGAAACGGCAAAUUGGAUCUCAGCCAACACCAAAGAGUGCCCCAAGUGCAACUCCACGAUCGAGAAGAAUGGUGGGUGCAACCAUAUGACAUGCAGAAAAUGCAAGCACGAGUUCUGCUGGAUGUGUAUGGGUCUCUGGUCAGAACAUGGCACAAGCUGGUACAACUGCAACCGAUUCGAGGAGAAGAGCGGAACCGAGGCACGAGAUGCCCAGGCUAGAUCCCGGGUAUCCCUCGAGCGAUAUCUUCACUACUACAACCGAUACGCCAACCACGAGCAGUCGGCGCGUCUCGACAAGGACAUCUAUCAUAAGACAGAGAAAAAGAUGGUACAGUUGCAGACAGCUUCUGGCAUGUCCUGGAUCGAAGUUCAAUACUUGAACUCGGCAUCCCAAGCGUUGCAGACCUGUCGCCAAACACUUAAAUGGACCUACGCCUUCGCCUUCUAUCUAGCUCGAAACAACCUCACGGAGAUUUUUGAGGAUAAUCAAAAAGAUCUAGAGCUUGCUGUCGAGGCUUUGUCCGAAAUGUUUGAGAAACCUAUCUCGGAACUAUCGGAGUCCAAGCUGAAGGUUGAUAUUAUGGACAAGACGGCGUAUUGCAACCGUCGUCGGGUUAUCUUAUUGGAAGAUACCGCAGACAACUUGGCCAAUGGCCGAUGGACCUUUAAUGUAGAUUUGAAGGGGAAUGCUCCCGGAGCGGGCGGGGUCGGCUCUCGCGGAUAAAUUGUACUGUAAGCAUAGAUAGACGGCGAUCAUGGGCGGCGUUCUGGCGCAGAUUGUGUUUAUGCUCUGUUGCCGAUUUAUCUUUUACGCUAUUCCAGUGCAUUUUCUCCUAGAUGCUAAUGCCACUGCGUGUCGUCUUAUCUGUAAUUACGGAUCCGUCUCGGCCGGUUACGUCUAUACCUCGACACACCCCCUCAGCAUCCUUGAUCACUAGAGAUCCAACGAUUUACACCACUUGAGAAUGAAGCCCCUAGCUAGCUAGCAUAGUCCGAUGCCUUAAUAGCAAUUCAGAUUCCACGAUGCGCACUAUUUCUUAGCCUUCUAAUUCUUUUUCAAUGUUCCAUCAGUGAGGGUUUGGCGAAUGAAAUAUCCUUAUCAACCCACGGUUCAUUGGGCUCAUUAGAUAUUGCGCAACCUGUAGGUUAGCCUCCUAUUCUCGAAUAUAUUGUUGCGCAACGUAUCACUUAGUGGGCAAUGCUAUUUUCGUAUUUUCGCGAAGCCACCUAUAUAUAACCCCAAGGCUAUUCGUUGCUGGUGGCAUGAAAACCUUGCGGCCACACCUACCCCUUAUGCUAUGUUUAGAAUCAUAUUCAAC